AUGAAGGCUUUCCUCGUCCUCUUCCUGGGAGCAGUCCUGUGCCUGGACUCAGGUUCUUCUUUGCAAUGUUACAGAUGCGUGUCACAGCUCAGCAACUCCAAAUGUCAGACGAAGGAGGACUGCAAGGAUAACGAAACAUGCAAGACAGAUGUGAUCAGGGUUGUAGGGCUCUUCAACAUCAUCAGCAAGGGUUGUGACUCAUCAUGCCAAUCACUCUAUCAGGACUUCGGCGUGGGCAACAGGAAUAUCUCCUGCUGCAGCAGUGACCUCUGCAAUGCCAACGCAGCAGGCAGUGUGAGGUACAGCUACGGGAUGGCAGCAGGGAUAGCAGCCAGUGUGCUCUGGCCAUUUCUGAACAACAGACUGUGA